AUGGAUUCCCUGGUGGACGGGAACCACACUGCAGUGACAGAGUUCAUUUUAUUGGGUUUAAAAGAAGAUCCUACCCUUCGGGUCAUCCUCUUCAUGGUCAUCCUGUGCAUCUAUCUGGUGACCAUAUCUGGCAAUCUCAGCACAAUCAUCCUGAUCAGAAUCUCUUCGCAGCUCCAUCGUCCUGUGUAUGGUCUCCUGAGCCACUUGGCUUUUUCUGACAUAGGCUGUUCAUCUUCUGUCACGCCCAAUAUGCUUGUAAACUUCCUGGUGGAGACAUACAAAAUCUCCUAUCUUGGAGUUGAACUUUCCUGUUCUGAUGCCAGUAUCCCUGCAGCAGUCGCCUCAUUUUUCAUUAUUGUGGUCACAUUGUUUGUCAUAGCCACUUCCUAUGUCUACAUCCUCAUCACCAUCCUGAAGAUGUGCUCCACUGAGGGCCACCACAAGGCCUCCUCCACCUGCACCUCCCACCUCACUGCAGUCACUCUGUUCUAUGGGACCGUUACAUUCAUUUAUGUGAUGCCCAAGUCCAGCUACUCUACUGACCAGAACAAGGUGGUGUUUGUGUUCUACAUGGUGCUGAUCCCCAUGUUGAACCCCCUCAUCUACAGUCUCAGGAAUAAUGAGAUUAAGGCUGCUUUCAAGAGACAGCUUGGUAGAAAAAUAUUUUCUUAA